UUAAACAAGUAGAAGCUGGACGCUCUAGGCCUUGUUAUACAUAUCUGGAUUCCAGCUGGGACCCGGAUUUGCCAGGGACAGAAACCAGGGAGACAGGACCAUGUGGCUGCCCUCAGCACUGCUCUGUCUCUGUCUCCCAGGUUGCUUGUCUCUGACGGGGCCUGGCUAUGUGAAUGGCAUCGAGGGAACCACUCUGCGUGUGCAUUGCCAGUAUGAUAAGGGAUACAAAGGGUAUAACAAAUACUGGUGCCGAGGACAGAAUGACAUAGAAUGUGAAAGCAUUGUGGAGACCAAAGGAGGAGAGAAAGUAGAGCAGAAUGGCCGUGUGUCCAUCAGAGACCAUGCACAUAAUCUCACCAUGACGGUGACCAUAGAAGAUCUCCAAGAAUAUGAUGCUGGAACUUACUGGUGCAAAAUUCAGACAGUGUGGAUCUGGGAUGCAUGGUCACGUGACCCUGCAGAGCAGGUGAAGGUGCACGUUACUCUAGCAACAACAGCUCCCCUAGGGACCACGCUGCCACCCACGACUCCCACCACACUUCCACUCAGGACUCCUGCCUUGCGACUGGUGAUCAUCAGGCGGAACAUCAGCACUGACAUGGAGACGUCAACCUGCUACCCAUGGUGUCUGAUCAGCAGUCUCCACUUUCUGCUCCUGGUCUUCCUGAAGCUGCCGCUGUUUCUGUGCAUGCUCUGUGCUGUCUUCUGGGUGAACAGGCCUCAGCGGGCUGCUGGGGAAAGAUAGAGUUGGCCUGUCCAGGAGUCCUGGGUUCACUGCCCUAGGAGUGCCCUGUGCCCGGAUGCAGCCCUUCAGACUGGACGUGAGAAAUCUUUGGUGCUGGGUCCCCUGGCAGGGAGGCAGCACUGACUGGAUUCCGGAGGGGCUUAUUGCUCCUGUUUCUGAAGAAAGGCCCCUGGGUCCUAGAAGACACUCCUGUGACAUCCUCAGCAUCAAAAAAGGAAUAAGACACUUUGGCACAGGAUUGGGGGUCCUUUCUCUUCCCGGGGCUCCCUGACUGUCUGCCCUCAUACCACUCUAAUAAGGAAAAAAUAAUCUCUGGAAAUCAUAUGCUCAUGAGUCCGGCCCCUCGCUCUUUUCCUAGACACAAGAGCAUCUCAGGUCAGUGUCUUCUCGGGCUGUAAUCAACUCCUUCCUUCGUGUCAGAUUAAAGUGCUGUGUCCUAGACAUCAUAGGGAACCUUUAGAAGUUUUACACUUUUCCAACUUUUAUUUUGAGGUAAUUAUGAGCUUAACAUUGUGAAUUUAGUACAGAGAGCCCUUUGACUCUUCCUCCAGCUUCCUUCAUUGUAAGACUGUGGCACAAUGUUAAAACGAGGACAUGGGCAUUGAUACCAUACUGUUAACUAGACUGCAGACUGUUAUGGCUUGAAUCUUAAAUGUUCUCCAAAAGCUCCUACGUUGAAGGCUUGGUUCAGAGGUGGAGACUUUGGGAGGUGACCCGAUCAAGAAGGGUCUGACUUCAUCAGUAGAGGAGUCCAUUUAUGGAUUUCUAGCUUCGUGGGUUUGGGGGAAGGGGCUUUGUUAUAAAAGUGAGCUCUUGCUGCCCCCCAGUCACCACGAGAUGAGCAGCUUCCCUUGGCUGUGCAGUGAUGUACUACCUCACCUCGGGCCAAGAGCAACCUGGCCAAGCGCCCAUGGACUGAAACCCCUGCAACGUGAGCCAGAGUAAGCCUUCCCUCUUUCAGUUGGUUUCUCUCGGGCAUUUUGUCAUUGUGAUGAAAGUCUAACACACAGAUCUCUUUCAGUUUUCAGCAGUUUUUGUAUAUAUUCACUUGUGUGGAGCUCUAUGAGAUUCUCUCCUACAGUAGAAUACAGAACUGUUUUAUCAUCGUAAGGAUCUCCUCCUGUUGCCUCUUCUGUUGUUGUAUUUGCACUCCUCCCACCCCUUUCUUGUCUCCUGGAAACAAGUACUAAUCUGUUCUCCAUGUCCAGUUUUGUCGUUUUGAGAAGAGUAUAUAUAAAUGAAAGCACACGGUAUAUCAGUAUAUAAUAUUUUGGGACUGGCCAUUUUCACUAAGCCUUUGAGAUUCAUACAGCUUGUUGCAUUUACUAAUCAUUAAUUCCUCUCUACUGCUGAGUAAUAUUCCAUUGUUUGAAUGUACAAUAAUUUGUUUAACCAUUUGCCCAUUGAAGAAUAUUGUUUUUU